GCAAAAGAAAGCGUAGAAGAAGAAGCUACGUUUGUAGCGGCAAUGAAAGGACAGCGUGCCACUACUAAUUUAACUAAAACAUAAGCAAAGUAUACAUUGGCGGAAACAACUAUCUAAAUACAAGAUAAUUUCUACUCCCUCGUAAGAAGGUAUUUUUGGGCUGCAUCGGGAAGAUGUCCUUGUUUUGUGCAAUUUCAAACGAGGUGCCGGAGCACCCGUGCGUCUCUCCGGUGUCCAACCAGGUGUUUGAGCGCAGACUGAUCGAGAAGUACAUCGCUGAAAAUGGGACGGACCCGAUGAACGGACAGCCCCUGUCCGAAGAGCAGCUCGUAGAUAUCAAAGUGUCCCAUCCUAUUAGACCAAAGGCACCCUCAGCAACAAGUAUUCCUGCCAUUCUCAAGUCCCUCCAAGAUGAGUGGGAUGCUGUUAUGCUUCACAGUUUCACUCUGCGGCAGCAGCUGCAGACAACUCGCCAGGAACUGUCACAUGCCCUCUACCAACACGAUGCCGCCUGCAGAGUCAUCGCUCGUCUCACCAAAGAGGUCACUGCAGCCAGAGAAGCUCUUGCCACACUCAAACCCCAGGCUGGAUUGGUUGCUCCUCAGGCAGUUCCCACUUCUCAGCCAGUUGCAGCAGGUGCUGGUGGAGAGCCUAUGGAGAUUAGUGAACAGGUGGGAAUGACACCAGAGAUCAUCCAAAAGCUUCAAGACAAAGCUACUAUCCUCACCACAGAAAGAAAGAAGAGAGGAAAAACUGUCCCAGAAGAGCUGGUUAGAGCUGAAGACCUCAGCAAAUAUCGCCAAGUGGCUACUCAUGCUGGUCUUCAUAGUGCUAGUGUUCCUGGUAUUCUGGCUCUGGAUCUCUGUCCCUCAGACACCAGCAAAGUUCUCACUGGUGGAGCUGAUAAGAAUGUGGUGGUGUUUGACAAGAAUGAAGAACAGAUUGUGGCAACCCUUAAGGGUCAUACCAAGAAGGUCACCUCUGUUAUUUACCAUCCCUCCCAGUCUGUGGUCUUUUCUGCAUCUCCAGACAGCACCAUCCGUGUGUGGUCUGUCCCAGGAAACAACUGUGUCCAGGUGGUUCGUGCCCAUGAGGGAGGUGUCACUGGACUCUCCCUUCAUGCUACAGGGGACUACCUGCUCAGCUCCUCUGAGGAUCAGUACUGGGCUUUCUCUGAUAUCCAGACCGGUAGAGUCCUCACCAAAGUUACUGAUGAAAGUGCCGGCUGUGCUCUCACCUGCGCUCAGUUCCAUCCUGAUGGUCUCAUUUUUGGCACUGGUACGGCUGAUUCACAAAUCAAGAUCUGGGAUCUUAAGGAGCGCACCAAUGUGGCCAACUUCCCAGGCCACUCUGGCCCGGUCACUUCCAUCGCUUUCUCUGAGAACGGGUACUAUCUGGCUACUGGUGCCCAGGACAGCUCUCUGAAACUGUGGGAUCUGAGGAAACUGAAGAACUUCAAGACCAUCACUCUAGACAAUAACUAUGAGGUGAAAUCGCUCAUGUUUGAUCAGAGUGGUACCUACCUAGCUGUAGGAGGGUCUGACAUCCGUGUCUACAUCUGCAAGCAGUGGUCCGAGGUUCUGAACUUCACAGACCAUACAGCACUGGUGACAGGAGUGGCCUUUGGAGAGAACGCUCAGUUCCUGUCCUCUGCAGGAAUGGACAGAAGUCUCAAAUUUUAUAGUUUGUAAGAAAGCUAAAAUUAGGUUGGCAAGAGGAAGAUAACAGGAGGGUUUAUAUCAACUGCUUAAUGUAUGAACAGUCAGUAUCCUGGAGUUUGACCUGUAAUUUUUUAGAAAAAGAAGAGACAAAAAAAUCACUGCUAACUUUUCUGCAUUAGUGUUUGUCCUUACGUUUAGGAUAAAGAUCCCAUGAAAUAGUCUGCUACAUAAAACCACAGCAGCAUGAUUAAGAUAACAUGUUCAGAGGCAUUGCUUGUCUGAAAUGUACAUGAUGUGAAUGACAUAUAAAAGCCAGGUUAAUUCUACUGUCUGAUUUUCACAUCAGACUUUAUUGUUGUUUUUUUUUAUCUUGUGUGUUUGAGGGGUCUCAAGUUGAAUACAAUUCAAAAGUGUUGUAAAGCCCUGAUGGGCCGAAUAAUUGGUAAGGCUACACUCUGCUUUGCUUCUUAAUGUAGAUCAGCAUCAUUGCAGUAUCUUUAGAUUAAGAAAAUAAAACCCACAUCAGUAGUGAACACAAAACUUUAGCUGGGAAAAAAGUCUGAAUCAUGUUUCUCUGGAAACAAUAUAUUCUUGUUUCACCCCCCUCUAAUUUUAUUUCCUCAGUCAUUUGUUUCAUUUAAGUUUUGCUCCUUUUUUUUUCAAUGUUAUAUUCAAUUUCAGUGCUAUUUUACCCUUUGACCUUUUACAAUAAAACAUCUUUUGUAUUUCCA